ACUGCAGGCGUAGCUGUCAGAUUCCUUCCGGGUUGAUCAAACCACCUCCACGUGAGUGAUAUUCUGUCGUAAUGUCAACAAGUCCUGUUAUUAUGAAUGGAGACGAGGACGAGGAGUUCACGGUGUUUGUGGGCCUGCAUGCCGGCGCCCUGCAGUGCGCAGGAAUACCCCAAAUCUACUGGAGGAGCCUGCAUCACAAAAUCACCAACGAGAUUUAUGAUGCUGGCGAAGUUUUCGGAAUCAUGCAGUUCCAACAAGAAGACGAUGGCGACGGGGAGAACGAGGAAAAUGAAGAGAAGAAGAAGAAGGACAAUCCUGGGGCAGUUAUUAGCUGUAAAGUGGUUGUGACCCGGGAGACUGGGCUGCAAUCUUCAGAGCCGUCCAGUGUUUUCCUGGUGGAUCACGCCUGGACGUACCGUGUGGACCACGCCCGUGAGCAGCUGGAGCAGGUCCCCGGCCUGCUGCCUAGAAUGGCUGCCCUCAUGGGGGUGGAUUUCCACGGUGAGGCCCCAGACCCAGACACGGUGGAGCUGGUUUUGGAGCGCAUGUGGAAAUAUAACCAGACAUAUCACCUCUCCCAGGGGUCUGCAGAGGAGAAGGUUCCAGUGUGGUACAUCAUGGAUGAGUUUGGCUCCCAGGUGCAGCACUCUGACCAGCCCAGCUGUGGCAUGGCUCCCUUCUUCUACAUUCAGGGCCAGCUGGCCUACUCUGUGCUCUGGCCUCUGCAGGACCUGCAGGAAGGAGAUGAAGUAACACGAGAUUACACCUAUGGAGAGACAAACUCCCUGGUGAGGCAAUGUCGACUGUUACCAUGGAUACCUGUUGAUCUAGAGCAGGUCAGCGGCUUCACCACUGAGCCCCUGGACUCCUAUUACGAGAACAUUGCACAGGAGAACAAGGAGCAGCUUCCUGUGGAGAUCCAACCUUACACCGUGCCUGAGGACAAAAUGCUCAAGGUUUACUCUGAAAUGUCACAAGUAACAAACAACCUGACGGAUCCACGAUUCCAGAUGACAGAGGAAGAGGAGGAGGCCGACAUCAUGUGGAAGUAUAAUCACAUCAAGGACUACAGGAAGCUGAGCGAGGAGCGACCUCAUGUGAUGCUUAACCAGUUUCCCUGUGAGAGCAUUGUCACUGUGAAGGACUGCCUGGCCGCUGUGGCCCGCAGAGUCAAAGGCGGCCCAGCACCCGAUUGGCUACCAGAAACCUUCAACCUCCAAACCGAGCUGCCGCAGUUCAUCAAGCAUUAUCAGCUGAGACAACAAAGUGGAGAGGAUAACCACUGGAUUUGUAAGCCCUGGAACCUGGCCCGUGGUCUAGACACACACAUCACCAACAACCUGGACUACAUUAUCAGACAAAGAGAGAGUACACCAAAGGUGGUGUGUAAGUACAUUGAAGAUCCCGUACUGUUCAGCAGAGAGGACGUUGGGAUGGUGAAGUUUGACAUUCGCUACAUGCUGAUGCUGCGCUCUGUGCAGCCUCUGCGUCUCUACGUCUACAACGUCUUCUGGUUGCGCUUUGCUAAUAGACCUUUCUCCUUAGACCAUUUCGAUGAUUACCAAAAGCACUUCACCGUCAUGAACUAUACAGAGGGUGUGGACCUUAAGCAGGUGCACUAUGAUGAGUUCAUCCCCAUGUUUGAGCAGCAAUACCCAAUGUAUCCGUGGAAGGAGGUGGAAACGGAGUUGUUUAAAGCCUUCAAGGAGCUCUUCCAAGUUGCUUCAUCUCGACCAGCUCCUUAUGGUAUUUGUCCUUAUCCAUCAUCCCGGGCGAUCUAUGCUGUAGACCUCAUGCUGAAGUGGAGUACAGGACAAAAUGGUGAGCGGGUCAUGCAGCCUCAGAUCCUGGAGUUGAACUUCAGCCCAGAUUGUGCCCGGGCCUGCCUCUACCACCCCUCCUUCUACAACCAUGUGUUCCAGACGCUGUUCCUGGAUCAGCCCGAGCACUGCCCAGUCACAGAGAUAGUAUGAUUAGCUCAACAGCACCAGAGAGUGUUUGCAGUUCUGUGUUUUAUACAGAGAUAUCCACUUACCCAUUUUCCUUUUUUCACUUCUUUUCACUUCCUUUACUGGUUCAUUUGCUUCUUUGUGCCUCUUUCAUUUUUUUUCUUACUAUCUUCUUUCAAACUGUUUUAAAGAGCUUAUGAAACAUGUUUGCCUCUGCAGCUCAGUUCUUCAGAAAUUUGGUUGCAUUUUUUCAUUUCGGUGAAGUGAUAGUUGUUCUCAAAACAGCAAGUGUUAUGAGCCUUGUGAUUAAAACCAAAACACCACUGUACAAAUGGGAAGCAAUAAAGGACAUUGUUACAUAAA